AUGAACCCUGAAGAUACAAAUAUGGAUGGAACACCGCCUGAAUGCAGCCAAAACGAUGUUAUUGAGAUCGAGAGUGACACGGAAGAUGAAACUCAGGUAUUACCAGGUACCCUCGAAGCGCCGGAUAUUGGCCAAAUGCACGGAAGUCUGGUGGAUGAUCUGCCGUCGCAAAACAACGCUUCUGAGGUAUUCUGCAACACUGAGGAUGAUGAUGAGAUACAGCUACUCGGCGAGACAGUUCUGGACGGUAAUAAUGCUGCUGCUCCCAGGCUCGGGAACCCGAAUAUAAACCGCGCAGAGUCUGUCGGUGUCGCCCAAAUAAGGCCGCACCAACCGUCGGCGGCGGGAGAAGAGGAUCUGGUAAUUUUAGAGGAAAGAAACAACAGUCCAAGCUUUGUACUGAACCUUCCCGGUGGCGAACAUCUGCAAAUAAGUGGGAGUCCGCUAGAUCAGCCUGUUAGGAGGUCGUUUCAAACGCAAGGAAACCGGCACACUAACUCGGCGAAUGGCCGGAGGAGGCUCCUGCGGCGCACCGCGAGACGAGCCUCAAGCCUGUUUCUUCAUCCAAGUGAUGAGGAGGAUGAAGGUUUUGCCUAUGAGAACACAGAUCUCUUGCCCACAGGGGUAAGGCUCAGGAGGCAACGCAACAGCAUGAUGCAGAGAAGGCCGAAUCCUCCCAGAAGACAGUUAUUAGGGACUGGGGACGACGUCGACGACCCUGAACUCCUAUCUUUGGAAGCCCAAAUCAACAGCUUUCCUUUUGAGGUCAGAAGUGCAUUUGACCACGCACAAUCUAUUCACGAGUUCAGGUCUAUCUUGCAAUCGGUAGAUAGGCAAAGCUACGAACAGAGACAAGACGAACUAACCCACCUCUUCACAGUCUAUCGAGGGCACGUUAUGCGCUCGUGGGCGAACGAUAGACUGCGGCGCGCCAGAGAUGCUGCUUCUGGGAUGAACACCAGAACAACGGACCGAACUUCCCAGGCGCAUAACCUCCGCUAUUCUCCUACGUUAGCUGGUAUCAUUGCCCGGACCUUCAACCCGAUCCUGGGACACAUGCAUAUGGCCUACGAACCAGGACUGGGCACGGGUAUGGCCGCUUACAAUGAUGCUGAUGAAGAACGACAAACCCAGAACAUAAUACAAAUGAUCCAAGAGCGAGAAGAGCGAGAGUUCGAGAGUCGAAAGAGAAAAUACAUGGAAGAUACUAAGCCUAAGCAAUCUGGCUAUCUGCAAAAGGCUGCAAAAUUGCCUGACGGCUACAGUGCCUCCUUCGACACCACACCAAGGAUGAACAUCUCCAUCAUGAAAAACGGACAGAAUGAAGAGCUCACAGUAGUCGAUGACCACGCCGAUGCCCUGUAUAUGGACAUUCCGGCCUGCUGCCUGUGCGGUGUUGAGCUCGGUGUGGGUAUUCCUGACGGAUUUCAGGGGCUUUACGAGGAGGAUCGCGGAGUCUCUUUUGAAGCCUUGAAAGCGAAAUAUAAUUUCCACUGCCCGUAUCAGACCCUUUCAAAACCCUCAGUGGCAGAUCGGGACCUCUCGCGACGAACCUACGUUGCGCAGUGUGGCCAUUCAUUUUGCGGACGCUGCUUUGCCAGAAUCGACAACGCCCGCUCCUUCAACAGGGCUUCAAAGAAAAAACUCAGCGAGUUAAAGGGAGCCUCAAACCCCGACAACUAUGGACCAAAGAACUGCCCUGCAAAAGACUGUAACAAUCGAUUGAGAAGCAGGGGCAAAAUGCGGGAGGUUUAUUUCUAA